UGGUUAGAGCACUGGUUGCACUUAUCAGAGGUCGAUAAAGGGGGAGAGUAUGUUGAAGCAGGAAAUGCAGAGAGGACUGGAGUCAACAGUAAGAAGCUCUGCAUUGCAAGACAAGACAAGAAAAGAAUCUACAGACCUGGAGUCAACAGUAAGAAGCUGAAGAACUCCAGGGAGGGAGGAACUAUCUAUGUGGAUGGAGCAUGUGACUGUACAGGAAUCAUGUGAUCAGAAGUCAUGUGACCAGAAUGAUGGAAUGAUGGGAACAGUGAUGGAAUCAGAUAUCAUCAGUGAUAGGAUCAGUGAUAGGAUCAGAUGGAAUCAAAUGAUCAUGUGACCCAAUCACCAGAGAGUGAUCAAGUCCAAAAC